AUGAGUCCACAACAGACUGAUCGUGUUGCAUUGGUCAAUGUCACUGCCGACAAUGUCAAGAUGCUUUCAAAGCUGAAUGCGGUCAUUUUCCCUGUCCAAUACGGAACGACUUUUUACCGCGACGUACUCUAUGUGGGUGAGCUGGCCAAGCUUGCAUACUUUGGUGGCAUGUGUGUGGGCGCAAUAUGUUGUCGGCCUGAGAUGGAUGGGACACGGAUAUAUAUCAUGACCUUGGGCGUGCUUGCACCUUACCGGCAUUUGGGAUUAGGGAGCCAACUGUUGACGCAUGUGCUACAGCAUGCAUCUCGAGUGCCUCGUUUUACAUACAUUUAUCUUCACGUGCAAAUCACAAACCAAGCAGCUCUUACCUUUUAUCAAAAACAUGGAUUCCACAUCAUCGGUAUGGAGAAGAACUACUACCGUGAUAUUGAACCACGUGACGCCUACAUCUUGAGAAGAAUAAACAUCCCUUCGCCUUCCCAUUAA